GGGGAGCCCCAGUUAAGGGGGACCCCGUUAUUGGGGUGUCCGGUUAUGGGGUUUAAGGGGGUCCCGUUCUUGGGGUGCCCCCGUUGUGUGUAUCCGGUUAUGGGGUUUAAGGGGUUCCCGUUCUUGGGGUGCCCCCGUUGUGUGUAUCCGGUUAUGGGGUGCAGCCCCCCCCUGCCCCCCCCGCAGCCGAUGCCGACCCCAUGUUCAGCCUCGAGGAGUUCCCGGAGGACCCCGGGUCCCCCUGCGGGGGCUCCCCCCCCCCCGCUGCAGAGGCUCGGGCCCGGCUGGGGUCAGAGGGGGGUCGCAGCCCCACGGAGCCCCCCCCGGGGGUCAGGGUCAGGUCACGCUCUGCCCCCCCCGCGCUGUGGGCGGCGAGAAGGUUCGGGAGGCAGCUGAGGAGGAUGAGUGAUGAGUUCCAACAGGAGAUGCUGCCACGUGCCAACAGUGCGGGGGGGACCCGGAGCUGGCGCGAGGCCCUGAGGAGGUGGUGGGGAGCCCCUCCCCCCCCCGGGCCCGGCCCCCAAGAAUAA